CCCCGCGCGCGCCUCCCCCUGGGCGCCUCUGGGAAGCUUUCCCGCGCGACUGAGCACCGCGCGCAUGAGACUCGGGGGCGCGCCUGGGGGCGGAGAUGGGCGUGGAGCGGAGAUGGGCCGGGGGCGGCGCGUGGGUCGCGAGGUGCCUCCUAGCCGAAUGGGCUGGGGGCGGCGCUUCUCACCUCUGGCUUGUCACAGUUUUGCCACCGCUGAGAAGAGUACGGCAGCGCAGCGGGAGCAUGGGUCGCAGGUUCUCGGUCACUGCGAGGAUUUGGCGCGCGGGCCGCCUACACCGAGAGAGUGUUUUCGAGGUGAUGAUGAUGGGCAACGUCCAAGCCGCAGCUCUCCUGCUCAGCUAUGGCGCAGAUCCGAACUGCGAGGACCCCACCACCCUCUCCCGACCGGUGCACGACGCAGCUCGGGAGGGCUUCCUGGACACGCUGGUGGUGCUGCACCAGGCAGGCGCGAGGCUGGACGUGCGCGACGCCUGGGGCCGCCUGCCGCUCGACUUGGCCCUGGAGCGCGGGCAUCUCGACGUCGUGCGGUAUUUGAGGACCGCAGGGCACGUCGCCCAAGCGGACAGGCAUAGCUUCAGCACAAGCACUCCUAGACACCUAGGACUUCGCCGCCAUUCCCAAGAGCAGAGCUAAAUCCUGCCUCAGCCCGCCCUUUUCUUCUUGGCUUCACUUCUAGCGAUGCGCGUCUAGCAUGUGGCUUUAAAAAAAUAUAUAAUCAUGCUUUUUUGCAAUUACGGGAAGGGGCAGA